ACAGGAGGCAGUGAACAACCGCUAGGUGUAGCAGUGUAGCUGAUGGUGUCCUCGGUGUAACCGCAGUCCCUUCCCGCUACGACAACCAUUGGCUGCAUGGGUAAGUCCCUGCGACCUGUUAGGCCACCCGGCUGUGACCGACACACCUAGAAAGAACAAUCAGUUAUCGAUGUAGCUGUAACGGAUAUGACAUCGGGCAAAACAAACGUGUCGUCUGCGCAUGUGGACAUUACGUCGCGUACCUGAUAAAGGAGGGGAUGUCGAUCUGGCCCUAGUACAAACCCGCCGGGAAACGAACGAGAAAGAGAAAGAAGAUUUCGCAGAAACUGUCGUCACGAGUGUCAUUCAGGAGCAAGCUGUUGUUUUUUUUCAAGAAGACUUACGUAGACCACAUCUACGAGCGAGGGCAGUGCAAGAAAACCCUGGAACUGUCCACUUUGAUUCAAGGACCAGAGCUGUUAUGGCAGGCCAAGACAGCCAUGACAAUGUCAAAGAAAAAGUCCAGUCGGUGAGAGAGGUAGUACCAGGAAAAAGCAACAACGAAAUUGUAAUGGUCCUGCAAUAUUAUGACUACAAUGUAGAGAAGGCUAUUCAGGCAUACCUUGAAGAUGGUGCCAAAGAAGCGUUAAAGGAGUGGCACAUGCCAGUUGCAAAACCCAACAAGAAAAAGAAGAACAAGAAGAAACCAGUGAGUGCAUCUCAGGCAGAGAAUGGGACAUUUACAGCCACAGGUCCAGCAUUAGCAGCGUCAGCAGCAUCACCAUCACCUACUUCUUCUGUAGAAGCUAUUAAGGCUAAUUCUAGCCAGGUUUUAAGUGCCAAACAGGAGCCAACAAAAUAUGAUGUGACUAAAACAACUGCAGCCAGCAAAUACACUUUGUCGAAUGGGGAUCUUCCGAAAGAGGCAAGAACAAAAAGUCGGCAAGAAGAGUCUAGUGUCGGUACUGAAGGAGCAGGGCGGACAGAAGCACAUGGUACACAUGGUCAUGGUCAUGGUCAUAGUCAUCACAGUGGCAGUCAUGGACAUAGUCAGAGAACACACACUACCAGUGAACGAAGUACUUCUAGUGUGGGUGCAGGGGGUGAUAAUCACACCAGGCGACCUUUCCAAGGCCUAGAGAGAGCAAUAAAAGACCUACAGCGUCAAACAACUUCCCUGGAGAGGCUUCACUUAGUGUUAGAUCAUGAAAUAGAUCGCAGCUACAAGAGCAUCAAGAAUGUUUUUGAGGAGAUGAGGGCACACAUGAAUACACGAGAAAAGCAGCUGAUUUCUGAAAUGGACAUUGUGAAACAGCAGGCUUAUGAUGUUUUCAAGAUGAGACAAGAGAAAGCAGCUGCACUAAAGAUCCAGAUUGAACGUGCAGAGAAAAUUAGUGAAGCUGAACUUGUAGAACUAAGAGCAGAUGUCAAGCACUUUGUGAGUGACAGGAAAAUAGAUGAAGAACUUGGUAGAACUACUAGAUUCCAUUACGAUUCAGAUCAUCUAAGAGAGGAGAUUAUGAAUUUUGGAGAAGUGAAGCCAGUCAAGUGUAUCUACUCCCUACGACGCCCAUCUGUCUCCUCUGUGGCUAGCAGUGGGCAUGGUAAUGAUGAAAGCCUUGCUUUACCUCAGUCACUUGCUACUGCAGACCCUCAGGAUUCAGCUGUGCAGGGUGGCAAUGGAAAACUGAUGACUGCAGAGGAAAUGGCAGAGCUGCAGGUGCGGUUGAAGAACUCUUUAAAAAUUCAGGGUUUCUCGGACCGUCAGAGACCUGUUUCAAUCAAUGGAGUAAGCACUCAGGAUGUAAAUAGUGAUAGAGGUACAAGUGGUCGUCAGAGACCUCAAGCUUCACAGCAGAUAGACCAAAGAAAUAAGGGUAGUGGUCGUUCUCACGCAUCCUCUACAGGACAUGGUGCCACAGGGUCCGGAUCAUUCCAUCAAGAAGGAAGCCCAUCACCACAGAGAAGCCAGCAUUCUCCUUCAGGGCGGGGCUCAGCAGGUAGAAUGAGAGGUGGUCGUGGAGGAUCAGGAUCUUACAACUAUAGAGGUGGAUCUGGCCAGGGUUGGGGUAGCCCUAGGAGGCCAUAUUCAGGACCUGGGGGUGGUGGUGGAACCAGAGGGGGUGGAGAUAAUGAUCAUCGUCAGCGAGGCAGAGGAGCAUUCCGUCCUGGUGGCCUUCCUGUAGCCAUCAAUGGUGGCGCCAGCUGACUGAAUGUACAACAGUAAAAAGACAUGGAAAAUGUAUUGGCCACCAUGAGUUCAUUACACAGAUUGACUUGCACCAUCCCUACAGUGCAGAAAUAGAAAGUACUAAUUUUGCAUGCAAAUGUGGCAGUUCUGUCUUCUUAAAAAAUAGUGUAGAAACUUGUACCUUUUCUCCUGUGUAGAAAUGCAUUUUUGACAUAAAAAUGUUAAUUUUUUUCCUGUCCCAAGGUUAAUCUGCUUCCAUGGUCUGUGUGUUGCACAAUAAAGGGGAUGGGAAGAGGGGAAAGGGUUAAAAUCAUAUCAGACCACAGUUGGCCUAUUAAAAAGGGGGAAAUUGUACCUCUGUAUUAUUUUUCUACGCCAGUUUACAAAGUUCGUCAUCUUGUUGUACAUACCAUGAAAAAUUGAUAAAAUGUCACAUUUCUUGGUAAUGAGAAUAAAUUUAUCACAAGAAGAGCUUGACCUUUUCUAAAUAAAUUUUUUGGUUCCUGCUUUUUUUUUCAAACUUUGUUAACAGUACUUACAAAAAAGUGAUGUUAAUCGAGUUUAUGGACAUUUGUGGAUAAUUAUUGCAUCUUGCCUGUUUUUCUGUCAAAAAGAAGGGAGAUGGGAAGGAGAACAGGGUUCAGACUAUUGGAAACUGCAUGCAACUAAAAAAAAAGGCUUGAAAUGCUUGCUUUUGAAAACUUUACUUACGUUAGAUAAUCUAUCUUUUAAUGUUUCUUUUUAAUUUUGUGUAUUUGCAGUAUCAUAACAUGUCAGCUCUUUUUCUAUGCAAGUGUAUCAAGAAUACAUGUCAAAAUGAGUAGUAAUGAAAGAUUGAUUUUAGAAGCAUUCGCUAUCAUACUUGGAAUCAUUAUUUUUUGAAUGCAUAUUUACAAAGGUGGGCAGGGAGAAAAAAGGAGAUAAAAUUGCUUAAAAGAGAGUGAAUCUGAGAAACAAAAUGAGUAGCUGACAAAGAAAUCCAUUUGCCAACACCUACACUUUCUCAGUGUAAAAAGUUUGUUGAAACCUCUAUAUAGACCCAUUUUAAGCUAUAAAAUCUUACUGUUGUCUUGCCAUCUCUUCUGAGUUGGUUGUACUAUUUAAAGAUGGCAAUAACUAGCAUUUAUUCUAUGUUCGUUUGCUGCAUUCUGUUAAAGCUAUUUUCAGAAUUAAUUUUGCUAGACUUGAGUGAGGAGCAUUUUAGUGAUCCUGGUAAGUGUAGGUGAUGGCUUCUGUCUGCAUCUUGCUAACUCCUAUAGGAUUAAUGUUUCUGGUGUGUGCAAUAGUUUUGUUAAAAAUCUCCUUUAUUAUAUUCCAAACUUCACGGUUUUUGUAUUUCCUUAUCUUUCUUCCAGAAGAUUUCCAGAAAAUGGCUACAAUAAAUUUUCUGUAUCUAGGUGAUUGCACAGUGAGUUGCUCUUUACCUUUUCAGAAAUAUUUAACUGAUCUGCAGCUUGGAUAUUGAUGAACUGUGAUGUACUUAGUCUUAAAAAAAUCAUUGGUUACUAUUAAAAGCCUUUAAUACAGUAUUGAACAGAGCAAUCCUAAUAAAUAUUGACAUGCUGUUAGACAUUAAAGUCUUUGCUUUAAGCAGCUUGCAGUGGGGAAAAUAUGAGCUCAGUUUGCCCUACAAAUUAGGCAUUGUUUGCAGCUGCUUUGUAUUUUAUUCCAAUUUUUGGGCACUUUAUGCCAAUAGUGCAAUGCAGUCUUAAAUGUGUGCAGCUAUCUCAGGUACUUAAUUCUAUCACUUAAACUGCCUGUAUAUUUGUGUUUGGUUGGACUGCUGAGGUUGAAGGGUGGCUAAUAUGAUGUUUCCAUUUGUGCUGUACUGCAAUGAAAUAUAAUUUUUAGAAAGAUGUAAAACUGUUAGCAAAGAAAACAUUCUGUUUCUUAGCAUCUUGAUGUAAAGAUUUUCUCAGGGUAGGCAGAGACAGUAUUGAAUAGUUAUUCUGUAUCCUAAGUACUUACGUUUUCAUUUUUUUCACUUAUUUAUUUAUUUUUUUUAAAUGUAGGAAAUCAUUGUGAAAAUAAUUUUUGGAGGCAACGCAUUGCUGGACACUAAGGUUAAAUCACAGACUAAACAAACUGGUAGUUGAUUUUCCCACCCAUGUUUAAAAUAGCUGCUUCCUUGCCAGUGUUGCUGGAUAUAUCUUGUAUGACACAGAAUCUCACAGAGGAAGAACGGGGAACACAAGUUUAAACCAACUGACGUGAGAAUGUGGCAAGCUUGAAUAAAGUAGUUCAGUACAUCCAUCAGUUCCUGUAUGGAUUUUUCCCACAAAAUUUCACAAUAUCAGAUUGUCUUCAUGCCUUAUUUCAUGAUCAAGAUAUACCUUCUUUCACAGGGUAUUUGCAUUUUGAUCACAAGAUGAACUUCCAUCUUUUAAUCAUUAUUUAUGGAUUUGUUGGGUGGUUUGGUUUAAAGAUCAUAACUGACCACUUUGGUGCAGGAUCUUGCUCUAGUUUAAUUAUUUAAACUCUAAAUUUUUUUGACUUUAAAGAGAUGUUUUCUAGAACUUUUUGCAAUAUUUUGAAGUGGAGACAUGACAUACUUUUGUGUGUGAGGGGAUUCAUGGUCCAUUCCGUUCAUACCACACAAGCAUAUCACUGCAUGUAAGGUGGACAAUACUGCUGCUAGAAACAUGGAACAUUUCAUGGUAACGGGUGCUGUGGUUUUGGGACCCUAAAAUGUGCUACAUCGCUUAAAUAGUGUAUAUUGUUGCAGAUUGUGUGUACAGUAUAUAAAGACUAACCCGGUCCAGAAUGUGGUUUAUUUUUUUAUUUGUCUCUCAGACCAACCAAUUGGCCAAUGAGCCUUCCCAUGGUUUUUUUUAUUGUUUUGUUUGCAUGCCGAUUUUUUGACACCCCUCACCCAACCACCAGCACCAAUGAUAACCACAAGUGAAGAAUUCUUGUUUCCACCACCCACACACAUUUUUAAAAUAGGAAUGAAAAACAAGCAGUAUACAGUAGUAAAGGAAUUCUUUCACACCUGCAUUCCCUUUGUAUUUGAGACCUAAAACUAAUUUUGGUGAAGUGAAAUGUUUGUGUAAAUUGUCACUGCUUAGCUGUAGGCCCAGGAACAUAUAAUAAUUUUUAUAGCAAUCUAGUUACAUGCAUCUGACAAAUCUAGUCCUUGGAGAGAAGGAGUGUGUUAUAACUGAUGCUGAUUGGAUGUAUCCAGGCAGAAUGGUGUGCAGUUGGUCAUCCUGUUCUUGAGUUGUGAAUCCUCACAGGAAAACUGUGCAGUUUCAUUGCAGAUGCACAUAAGGACCCUCUUGCUGCAGAGGAAAUCUAGAUACUAGUCUAAGCAUUCAAAAAGAAUGAAUUAUAUUGAAAAAGAUUGUUCAGUUGGUUAUGGUUGUUCCCUUCCUCUUCCUCUUUGAAUUAUCUGCAUGAAGUGUAUUAAGCCAAAGUUCAUCAUAGCAUGUAAUAUAAUAUCAAGAAAUGUUUAAUGCAUGUUUUAAAAAAGUUACUGUUGUUCUCAAAAGAUGCUUGAUGUAUUGCACUUUGUUCCUUUUACUGAUAUGCACAUCAUAAAAAGUGAAACUUUAUGCAGACAUCUUAGACUUGUCUGUCACCUUGGGGUGUAGGUUGGUUUCCUUUGUAUGCUAAAAAAAUUAAAAAAUUUCAGUGCAUUGUGACGUGGAUUAAAGAGCCAGUGCUAGUUGAAUAACAUUUAAAAGGCAAGGUUGUGGAAAUCUUUGAUGGCACAACCUGUGAUGUGCACAAGUCCCCUGUGUCAGUGUAAACAUGGGUACAGAGCUUGUGAUUAAUUCAUUUACCAUUUAGUCUUGUUUUUUUUAGAAUUUUUAGUAAAGGAAGGUUGUUCAUAUAUCUUGGCAAGCUGUGAGCCCAUUGUCCAUACAAAUCUUGUCUCUUUGUUAAAAAUGUACAUCUGUGUAGAGAAAUAACUCCUCAAAUUACCAGUAAUAUCUAGGGAGGUAGGUAAAUGUCUGAUCAUGUGAUGCAUUAUAAUAAGCCCUUGAGUGAAUGGUGUGAGGAACACCACGUAAACUAAACAAGAAUGAGAAAAAGAUGGGCUUUGGACAGUUACCUUUAGAACUUAAAAAGAGGUCAAAGUUUUCCCUAAAAUGUAUUAAGCAAAUCUGCCAUUUUAAGAAGAAUAUUAACACCUGAUGUUUAGCACUUCAUUUAAUAUACUUUGAAAAGCCUUAUGCAGUUGAACUGUACACCUAGAGAUUAUACAGUUAUUCUUUGAGGAAAUACUUGAUCCCUCCCUCCUACACAGAAAUUAUUCUCCAAGACUGACAUUCACCUAAACCAACAGGAUAAUUAAGAUGAUAGUAGUAGAAAACAUGUCAGUGGGUUCAUUGUGAAUAUUUAAAUGUUGCAUGCCCUGCUUUAGUAGAAAUAGCAGCACAAUUCAUUUGGCAGUCUGGAGAAGGGGGAAGAAAUGCAAACAAGGGCAGAAAGGCAUGGUCUUUUUCUUCCUCCUCUUCUCUAAGCUGCCAUUUGCUAGUGCUGAGAACAAUGGAAGCAAUUGGGGAAUGCACUGCAUUAAAUAAUGUUUGACAUUA